AGUUGGUGUGUUGGCGCUGCCUCCACCUCUUCUAUCUCCAACAACCAGUUACAGUGUCCUGCCAGCUAUCAAGAACACUAAAGUGACGAAGGUGGAGACAACAGUGCCACCAGGCCCCAUGACACCUGAGGAUGAGGUGAGAAUGAACUCCUCUCCAUCUUUUGAUGACCCCCUUACCCCAGAGACCCCAGAGAGUGAUGUCACCUCCGAUGCCACUUCUCUGGCGGACACACCCCGUGAGAUGACACCUGAGAACGUAGAGGAGGCGUCUUCUCUAGAGGACUUCCUGAAGUCUCACCCUCAGAGAAAGCGCAUCAGGAAGUUCCUCAAACAAAUGAAUGUGACCAUAGAGGACCUGGAGGACAUGUCCUAUGCGUUCCUCCUGCCAGCGAUAGCUCUGCUCAGGAUCUCCAGUCCAGAAUCAUCCAACUGCUCCUUCCGGGACAAGGAGCUUCAGGGUACAGCAGACAUGGUUGUGAGUAAUAUCCUCAGGAAUGCCCAGGAGGACCUCUUCUCCUCUGGUAUGAAUGACCUGGAGACCACCAAUCAAGGCAUCGCUCUGACCGAAGAGAGGCUCUCCAGUGCUCUGGAAGCUCUGGGUCCUCACAGGGAUCGAGGACGGUUCGACCUCUGUCAUCAGGCAGUGGAGAUGGAGAGGGUUUAUCUCCAGAGAGACACACCCCACUCCAGUGUCAGUGUGAGAGAACUGGGGCCAGUGAGGAGGGCCAAGAGAAGGGAUGUCCAUAAAGCCCUCAGUGAGGGGUCCCUCAAUGUCUUUGCCCUGUUCAGGGAGAGGGCAGGGGAGAUUUGGCAGACCAGCACAUGGGACAUGGAGCAGACCCAGCCUCCCAGCACCCCCACAUCCAGCGAGGAGGAUUUGUGGGACAGCGACUCCAGCUUGUCUCAUGGGGUUGGGGAGGAGGAGAGGGGCAGCUCCCUGAUCCUGACCCCCCAGGCCUCCACCUCACUCUCUGAUCAAGACAAGAGGGCACUAGAGGACGUCUGCCAGAUCCUGACCGCCUGGUUGGAAAAGAGGCUGAACAGGACCUGCAACGACAAUUACAGGGCCAGUGUCAUCAUCCAGAAAGGAUUGGAUUCUGGUGCCAGGGACAGGUUCCCUUACACUCAGUGUCCUUCUUCGUCAGAGGUGAGUGUCAUGACUGUCUUACACUCAGAGCCCUCCACCUCAACCAAGGCAGCACGGGCAGCUCCUGCACAGACCCUGGAGUUCAACCCCUGUCUGGAUGAAGAUGAGGUGGUCCCCAGCACCUCCAUGGGUGCGGGAUUCCUGACGACCACUCAGGCAGCAUGGGCAGCUCCUGCCCAGACCUUGGAAGAAGAGGUCGGGGGAGCUGAUGUCUCUGAGGUGAGUACCAGCUCCCUGACCCCCACUGAGGCCAGGCAGGGCCUCCUGGGGAAGAUUCCCUCUCUCCUUCCGGGUGAGAUCCUCAUCGAGGAGGACAUCUCCUUUCGCAGCACUCCCAGGAACACCGUCAUGAGCCCCCAGACCCUGAAGCUUAUCCUCCAGGGCAUCAUCGCCGACUGGAGGGCCUCAGAGUUCCCCCGGCCUGGCCAACGACCCCUUCAGGCUGAUGAAGAAUCUCUUUGUGGAGGUCCAGCAGCCCUGAAGUAUGCUAACAUCUCUGUCCUCUUCAGCCUGGAGGAGAGCAUCCAAUUUAGGGGGAAGAUGCAAUGA